AUGCCUCAAUUUUCUACUCCCAUCACCCCUUUUCAUGAAUCUGAAGGUCCUCCCCAGGCCCUUCCAUUACUGACAUAUCAUACGGAGAUGUUUUGUCAUACGUUAUGGCUCGUCUUGUUAUCUCCACAAGAAGAGAUGGCGUUCUCUACCCUUCCACUGAGGGGACGCAGUCCUACUCCUUCCCACGUCUUCACGAUCAUGUCUUGUGGAAUCACACCCAUUUCUCCUCCCACGCCUACUCCAAAAGUCGUCAAAUUAGUCUCCUUCUCGCCAGAACAGUUCACACAGAACAGUGAGUCCGAGAAGGUGUCAACACAUUCCUCCUUGUCCUCCAUAGAUUCCAAGGACUCCAAGAUCCCCAAACUGGAGGGCGAGGCUGGCCGUCCUGGCCGUGGUGGGUACAACUUGGAAAAGGCGCUUAACUGGGAUGCUGAGCACUUCAAGAAUCUCAAAGAAUACGUUCACCGGUCUAUCGAGAAGCAUUGUCACGUUGGCAAAAGCAAGAAACUUCAAGCUCCAGCUGCUUUGCUUCAGGUUUAUAAUGAGGCUCUAGGCCAUUUUCCAGAACUGGCUGAUUAUCAUGGGAGUUGGCCAGUCGGGGAUAUGAUUCAGAUGCAACUAAAAAAUACUUCUGCCAAGGCGCGACACAAAGGUUCUCGUAAAUUUCAAUAG